ACCGGUUCCUCGCUAUAUAAGCUGACCAGUGGGGAGGGGUGCAGAGGGCCGACUCAAGGGACUCAGUCCACAGGAAAAAGGCAUACAGACCAACUUCAGGCUGGCAUGAUGGUUCUCAAAGUAGAAGAGCUGGUUGCAGGGAAGAAGAACGGCAGUGGAGACUUGGGGGAGUUUCUUCCUGGGGAUUUCAGAGAUGGAGAGUAUGAAACUGCAGUAACUUUAGAAAAGCAAGAGGACCUGAAAACACUUCCAGUCCACUCUAUGAGCCUAGGGGAGAAACAGUUGAAAACUGAGAAACAACGAGAGGCAGAGCUCAAGAAGAAAAAACUAGAACAACGAUCAAAGCUUGAAAAUUUAGAAGACCUUGAAGUAAUCAUUCAAUUGAAGAAAAGGAAAAAAUAUAAGAAAACAAAAGUUCCAAUUGUAAAGGAACCUGAACCAGAAGUCAUUACAGAACCGGUGGAUGUGCCUAGGUUUCUGAAGGCUGCCCUGGAGAAUAAUCUGCCAGUAGUAGAAAAAUUCCUGUCAGACAAAAACAAUCCAGAUGUCUGUGAUGAGUAUAAACGGACAGCUCUUCAUAGAGCAUGCUUGGAAGGCCAUUUGACAAUUGUGGAGAAGUUAAUGGAAGCUGGAGCCCAGAUCGAAUUCCGUGAUAUGCUCGAAUCCACGGCCCUCCACUGGGCAAGUCGCGGAGGAAACCUGGAUGUCUUAAAAUUAUUGCUGAACAAAGGAGCAAAAAUCAGUGCCCGGGAUAAGUUGCUCAGCACAGCGCUGCAUGUGGCGGUGAGAACUGGCCACUAUGAAUGCGCAGAGCAUCUCAUCGCCUGCGAGGCGGACCUCAACCCUAAAGAUCGAGAAGGAGAUACCCCCCUGCACGACGCAGUGAGACUGAAUCGGUACAAAAUGAUCAGACUCCUAAUCAUGUAUGGCGCAGACCUCAAGGCCAAGAAUUGUGCUGGGAAGACUCCCAUGGAUUUGGUCCUACACUGGCAGAACGGCACCAAAGCAAUAUUUGACAGCCUUCGAGAGAACUCCUACAAGACCUCUCGCAUAGCCACAUUCUGAGGAUACCACGACUCUUUGCUAGUGAUCACCACUGGCAUUUUGAAGGCACGACCCCGAGAAGAACACCCACUCGUAAAAUCCAGCCUCUGUUUAUUAUCCUAAUAUAAAGCUAUACUUAAUGAAGUUUGGAGAAAGCACAGCAGUAUAGGUAUUAACAUUUCCUGCAAUGAAACUCACAAUAUUUAUUUGUACUUAUUACUAUUUAUUUUACUCUGGUGAUGCCUGAUAUUCAGAUCCUUCACGGUCACUCAUCUGGUAAGAAAGCUGAGUUUGUAUGCAACACUUCAGAGGCUUCCCGUAGAUUGUCUUUAAACCACAUUAACGAGUAAUACAGUGACACUGGGCUCACAUAAGAUAAUUUCAAGGUGUUUUUGAAAAGAUGGCAUUCCUUUUUUCUCUUGGAUUUAAUGCUUAAGUUUGAGGCAUGUUGUGGCAGGAAAGGAAAUGGAAUGUGACGCUGUGAGGAGGACAGGAAAGCCAGCUGCGUAAUAUCUGGAUCAGGUAUUUCUUUUUUAAUUUGGGGGAUUUGGGGCCACGUCUGGCUGUGCUCAGGAGUGACCCCUAGUGGUGCUUGGAGGAACCAUAUGUGGUGCCGGAGAUUUGAAUCAGGUCCAGGGGAUGUAAGAGGAAGAAACUUAACCCCUCUUCUAUCUUUCUUGUCCUGUAUCUGGUUCUUCUUGCUAAGUCUGGACCUGCAGUAGGGUCAAGAGAACAUCCAGUGUGUGAGUGAUGGAAGGAAUAGAGCCAUGCAAAGGGAUUUGCUUGAAACAGAUGAAAGUAACUGCAGAUUGUAAAUGUGUAAAUGUAUAUUAUGUUGUAUGUAUAUUUUAUAUUCAUAAUAAAAGCAAAUCACUUCUAA